CCAUAUGAACCAGAUUCGACCUCAAUUUCAAUCAUUGCCGUCUUCCCCCCUUGACUGUUAACAUUGAAAUUUUUCGUCCUCAUUGUGACACCUUUUUUAAACCAUGUCGCUUAAAAAACUACUGGCUGUGGCGCUCAUUCUCCAAUUUUUCCUCCCGUCCUCCUACUCUCAACUAGUCGCUGUAGAAUGUCAAGCUUUCUUCCCCUCCGGGGGGAGAUACGGCAACAUCGGAAUUUACGACGGCUCUGAUUCGAUCUACAUAGCCGGUGCGAUACCGUACAGUCUUGGCUACGACAUAUUCAAGUACUCGAUUGCGUCGGAUGAGAUCAAAGUUGUCAAACAACUUCCCUCAAACCGAGCUUUUCUAACAAUGUCAAUCGACACCUCUGGAAGCAUUUACUUUCACGGGGGCAUGGUAAACAGCCAAUAUGGGACCAACAAUAUCUACAAAUUCAUCCCCGGAAAUAUUAACCCCGUCCGAGCAAUUGGAGUCAUCCCGUGGGACAAUUACGGGUCAAUCGCAUUUCCAAAAUGGGAUGACCCAAAUUUAAUUUACAUCAUGGGUGGAGCACUUUAUCCCGAAGUGAUUGUUGCCUUUAACCAAACUAACUCAACUUCUGAACGAGUUGGACUUCUACCUUCGGAGUAUAGGUUGCAGACCGGAGUAUCGGAUGGGGCUGGGAGUGUAUAUUUAUUCGUAGUGGGGGAAGGAACCACAUCAGUUCUCAAGUUUAAUAUGACUUCGCUACAAAUUGAGGAACAAGUUUCAAUCAUGGAAGGAUUUUCAUUUACUGGAACCCCGUCUUCAAUCUGGGAUGGAAAGCAAGCAUGGAUUAUUGGAGGUUAUGGCAACUGGACGACGGGACCCCGACCCGAUGCAAUCCUUAAAUUCGAUCCAGUAACAAUGCAAAGUGAAAUGGUUGGGGUUGAAGGUUUUCCUGCAAGUGAGGAAAAUAAGACAUAUCUCUCAGUUACGAAUGCCAUCUGGGUUGAGGGUAUGAAGAGGAUCUACUUUUUUGGAGGGUACACCCGCGACACUCCAGGAGGCGAUCAGACACUUCAUGAUAAAAUUUGGUAUAUUCAGCUACCCUGAAAAGAGUGCCCAGACAGUUAGAUUUAGUGAAAUCGUAAAUUUGGAAUUGAAUACAUAAACAAAAUUAAAUACGAAUUAUUCCAAGCGUUGUCGUUAUAAAUAAGCAAACCAUUGUGUUAGUCUAAAACAGGCAUAACUAAAAAUAAAGAUAUUGCACGAAUCAGCAUGUUGCUCCG